UUUGCAAAGCAAUUGCGAAAGCAAGGAUGUCGCAGUUUCGUUUUCGCUUUCAUAAUCAUAAUUUAUAAUCAGAAUAAAUUCUUUAUUUUGGAUUCAGAGUCAUGUUUUUUACGGUUUUACAUUUUUUUAACGCAAAUCAGCUAGAACACUGAAUUGCAAACGGCACCAAAGCCUAGUAUCCCCGGUACUGCGGAAAGUUGCCAAAAUUUUUGCAUCGGCUGCUUUAACGAUAGCUUAGCCUGCUUAGGCCUUAGAUUUUAAAACUUGUCGUCAUUUUCGAAGAGAUGGCCGCGCCGGCGGAUGAUUUGGAGCAGCUUUUGGGCUUUCAACAGACGAAGCAAACAAAGCCGGCAACUUCUAAAGGAGAAGAUCAAGCGCAGAAAAUUCCUGAACCAGAUGCAUCUGAUGUCCCUAGGGAGAAAAGUGGAUUGGAUUUGUUUCCAGAACAUGUUUCGGGCCAGCGCUACAAACCUGGGUGGUACGACACCGCUAUAGGUUUCGGAAAACAGGAUUACCAACAAAUUAAGUGCGAAAACAACAUCAGAAAAGUUCUGGAGAGUAGUGCGCCGGUGAAGUUGUUGGUCGAUGCGAUGAAGAGUUUUGGAUGCGAACUGAAGUUAUCAAGAAAUUUUCUUUGCGAACAUUGCGAAGGCUACACUGCCGGAGGAUUUGAUCCUAAGAAUAAAGUGAUUGUGGUUUGCCAGAAUAAUUGCACAACACAAGGGAAAGUGACUUCCGUCCUCGCUCAUGAAUUAAUCCACGCUUUCGAUGCCUGUCGAGCCAAAGUUGAUUUUGACAACAUUGAACAUCUUGCCUGCACCGAAAUUCGUGCAUCGGCAAUUACGCACUGUUCAUUUCUCAGUGCCAUGUUCCAGGGCGCGGCUUCGCCGUGGCGUUAUAAAAAUCAGCAUCAAGAAUGCGUAAAAAUACGCGCCACGGAGUCCGUCAUGAAUUCCAAAGGCAUCCCUUUAGAAAUAGCCUUAGCAGCCGUGGAAAAGGUGUUUCCGAAGUGUUAUAAAGAUCUCGAACCGUUCGGCAGAAUACCCAGACGGAAUUCUAGAGAUUUUGAUAAGGCUUACUAUGAACGCUUUUAUUAUGGAUAUGCGGACUAAUUAUGGAAGUGUGGAUUAGCAGUCAGCCUGAACAAUGGUGCCGAAAAUCUGGAAGCAGGAAUUACGGCGGUCGCGCUGGCGGGCUUUUUUUAAUUCAGUUUGGACCUUGUUUUAGAUCAUAACGGCAGUUAUUAAACGGUUGUUUGUAAGGUGCCGGUGAUUUUGCUGUGUAUGUUGGAGUUGAUACCGUCUUUUUCUCGCAGUUAUAGGUACUGUUUGGUGUUUUUUUUUACGAAGUCCUUAUGUUUGCGAGUUGCGAGGUUCGUGUAUCGGGUGUUUGGGCACGGUCAGCAAAGUGAGCAAUCAAAAGUGACUUACAAUUUGCUUCGCGCAAUGUUAAGUAAUUAAAAACUAAACGCAGUCGA